UUGAAUUGGAUGGUAUCGGACAAUAGAGAAAGGACUUCUCCGAGCCUCGUCGUUGUCACCGAAGACUAAUCGAUGGGCGACGUUAGUUGCUACAUCUCCUGACGAUUUUGCGGCCAAUAAAACGCGAGACAUCUAUCUGAGACAUAGUGUGUGGCGGUGGCGUCGGUAUCCCACCUUAAAGAGAGAGAUUUAUUCCUGUGAAGCUGUGAGGAUUUUAUUGACCACUUAUCUCAGGUUUGUGAUAUCGUUUGGAGGCAUGUAAUCGGACUACCACUUUCACUUAGGAAGCUCGUAGAGGGAAAUCGUAUGAGAGUGAGGUAAUCAUGACCGCUGGGAUUGGGCGACAGUUCGAGGUGGACACAUCCAUAGGUAGGACAAUCUUGUAAGUCUACUGACAAUUCGGUUGUAAAAUCUAUGGGAUUUACAAUAUUUACAAAUCACAAUAAAAGAGGACAACUCGAUUGUGUACAAUUUCACACUGCAGACAGUGGGGAGGAUAAAGAUACGUUUUCCAAUCUCACAUAAAACAUAGUACAUGAAUUUCCACUUAUUGCUCAACCGGUCAUACUGCAAUGGAUUCAGUCUCGUUGUGAUACGGGCCAAACGAUCCACCGAGUCGCCAAACUGAGGGCGACAAUCAUCGGAUGGUAAGCAUGGCCGGAGAAUGUGACCAGUGAUUUUGUCUUGCCAUUGCUUUUCGGAAUGAACCACAACAUUCAAGUGUCUUCUCAUGCGCCGCAGGCGACAGACGAUAGAUAUUGAGGCUAAUGCCACGCCGCUAAGAACCAUGUCAUGUCCAGUAGAUAAACAAAGGGGAUAGGUCCCUGCAUCUAGUGGGAAGAAAUUAUUGGACGAAGACAGGUAACAUAGGUUAUGGAAAACCUAUAACCAAUUCAGGCGUCUCGAAAAUCAAUUUUUAAAAGGUACCCAUGAGAAUAUUGCUCUCACAGACACAGGAGGACGAAACAAAUUGAUCGGCAUUGGUAUCUCUUAUUCGAUCUCAUUUUGGUCUACAUUUUGGUCUACACUCAAAGGCGUUGGGGUCAUUCAAAACACCUCUAACCACUGCGUAGGCGUGUCCUAUUCAUUUGGAUACGGAAAGGGGCGAGAUGGUGGAUGAUUGUGGUGUUGAUGAGGAUCAAGUCACGGUUACAAUCAUAGAAAAACAAAUCAGUAAGUCGGCCUCCUCGGAUCGUUUUAUAACGCUACAGUUGACUUUGUGCCACAGCUGAUUUAAAACUCUAACUGACUUAGAUGUGGAACUCCAUAGUAAGUUCUUUAAUAACUGAUGAUUCAGCUACGGUGCUCUAUGAACUCUCAGCUGGAAUUAGGACCCUGCACACACUGGUCGAUUAAGAAUUCAUACGAACUGCCACGAUUUCUUGAGAUUUCUACUCCUGAAUAUUUAUGGAUAGUCAUUUUAGAUGAGAAGUUCGUUUGAUCAACCCGCGGGAGACCAUUUAAACAUAACACGUGAGUGAACUUCCUCAGUUCGACGGAUUUUGCACUCGAAAGGUAACGAAGUUUUGAAUGGCGAUAAGUAAUUGGAAUUUCAAAGUGAAAGCAUGCUGCCUGAGGAAUAGAUAACAGUUUCAGAAACUGACUGUUUGUGCAAGGAAAAACAAAAAAGCUUUCAGAAAUUGGAUGAUGUAAAGCUUGGGGUUGGAUGUGAAACCUACUUAGAGGGAACACAACGACAAUUUGUGCUGAAAGGCUCUACCUCUAGACCUAUCUUCUAUACGAAAGAGCACAACGAUGGACCUUCUAUUGCCUAUGAUAAUCAUAUCUGUGCUGGUUAAAACCUGCCUUACCUCCAAAUGUGCAGCAAACUACACCGAACAGGGGAAGGCAUGUAUGGUGAAGGUAAACGAGCAGUUCUCACUGUCUGUGCCACUCAUUAUAAACAAGGACAAGGCUGGUUGCAUCACCCUAUGCAAAGAAUACCAAGAGUUCUUCUACUGCUUGCACGAUGUGCUGGACCCCUGCGAGGAACUGGGAGCUCAUUACUUCAACCUGUUGCACACAGAGAUGGCACCGACUGUGGGAAAGUACUGUCCCGAGGCAGAACCUAAUCGCCGAAGAGACAAGACGCCUUCAUCAGACCAAUUUGCCUUGAGGAGCAGCAGUGAAAGAUGCAGUUAUUCCGCGAGUUCAUUGUUCUGUGUCUUGUUGUUAUGGAGAUUCAUUCUCAUCCCCGGGACGUGACGGACGUGACGGGGUUAUCAUGACCGAGGAAAUUGCACUAGAUGCCCUGGCGGACUUCAUAGCUUUAAGUGAGGAGAAGCCCAACUUUCAAAGUUAGUGCUGGCGGCAGUUUUAUAGCAAAGGAACAACGGGUUAAAAGUGACAUGUAGCAGGUGCCAACGUGAAUCCUUCAUUAAACCCAGUGUGAGCUCCUGUCUAUAUAUCGUCCCCACUGAAGAUGUUAAAAGUGGAUUUAACAGUGGGAUAGUGAGAGGCCAGCAGUGUAAGUCGAACAAAGGCGAAUCACGGGAUCAAAUUGUACGGGUCGAGUGACUCUAUGUAUUGCAGGCUGAACGUCGGAUAAUCCACGCGAACAAUGGUAUUCUGAGUACAUUGUUUGUCAAAGAAUAUAUAUUGUGAUUGUAAUAUCCUGAGGUAAUCAGUGCUUUUAAGUGUUCGCUUCUACGCCCCUGUACACAAAGCAUAACGUGGGAUACAAUGUGUAGACGCUAUUUAGGCGAUUUUGGUGCGUCUGUUUCACAAAGGCCUAUUACACGUAAUAAAGGUCUUCCUUCAACCGGCUAAAUAGCGUCAUUGGUAUUGUCACGCUCCUCAAUUGUGUAAAUCAUAGUUGGCAUCAAUCAGAAAUGUUUGUAACUGUUCAAUCCCAUCAUGAUCAUCGUCAUCAUCAUAACCAUCAUCACCAACUUAUAACACCGUCAUCGAGUCAACAGAAGCUUUCUAGACUAUCAACAGGCGCCGUAUGACUUGUUGCAAAACGUAGACAGGGGCUGUUUUGUUGUACAGAAAGAUUCACCCCAUUUUUGUUCUGUCGAUACCACUGUCCCCAUCUUCAUCACAGACAUUCAUCUCUAAUUGCUGUUGUGACAAAUACUAAAAUAACUUAACGCUGUGAGUUAUUGUUUUGUAAAAUCGCCUUUCAUGUUUGGACGACGUGUAGAUAUUGUUAUAUCGUUAUGACUUGUUCUAUGUUUGAAUGUUAUAUUGUCGUCAGAGGCAUUUCACCAAGUAUUCAUUAUCACGCAAGUACAUCAUUCUCCAAAAAGAUCACGCAUUAAGAAGAAGAGAUGAAAAAGUAUUGUGUAGACUUUUAAGGUUAUGCGUAUCUGUUCGAUCGCUAUGUUCCAGGAAUCUUCGCGCACCUGCGAAGUAUCACGGUGCACUCCACGAAUCGAUGAGCAGCGGAUCCAAAAUGGCCGCCUGUGCUGUCACUCACAGAAUGCCGAGAGGUAUAAAUGUACUGGUACAUCUUAAAAUUCGAGGAGAAGAGUUUGCCCAAGAUAAACUGUCCAGGGAGCAGAUUGAGAGAAAUCAACUUGAAAAUUGUAAUGUAAUCAUUGAUCAUUCACAGAAAAUCGCAAGCCUAUAUUCGCCUUACCUAUCACUGCAUGCUGAAGUUUAAGUGUCAGAUUGUGAUACGUUGCUAUACCUUUUAACCAUGUUAACAUGACGAUACCUUUCAAAUGAUCAAUGAGAAAUUAUUUAUUUAUGUAAAAAACAGUAUUUUUAUUUAAUGAAAAUAUUUACAAACAAUAAAU